ACAUUUUACUUUCGAUAUUAUUUACUGGAAUCUUACUUUUUCAAAAUGAUCUGUGUUUGACUCCAUUAAUCUCAGCGUCUUCAAUGACAAGUGAAUGUACAUGCGCAGUCGUCCACUUAUAGCGUAACGAUGGUGUCUAUAUAUCGACCCCUGUUGGAGGAGUGUAUUGGAGGUACCGAUCUCCUAUCUGACCUCAGUGACAUCAUAGACAGAGAUGGUAAGCUACAAGUACGGGCGGCUGGACGGGAAGGUCCUAAACGCUCCAUGCACGUUCUCAUGGAUCUAAUGGAAAACUGUCAACACAAUGACAAGUGGAACAUUUUUUACAAAGCACUGAAGAGAAAUGAUUUUGAACACGUUAUAGCUGCAUUGAAGGAUGCAGAUGUCCCCGACAGCGUUCGAAAGCUAUAUUGCGAAGUAUUACUACAACCAGAAAAUAUCGUAUGCAUACAAGACAUGCUAACACCAGAGGUACAAAAAGAAAUGGUCGAUAGAAAAUCGAUAUCAAGCGAAGACAGUCAGAACAUCAUAUAUGAAAAGGAGAUGACCGGGAGUGAUAAUGCAGCCAUCUUGGUUUUUCUAGACCGAUUGUGGAGAAGGAACGAGAUGUCGAAAUGGAUUGAAGAUUUAUCCCGUAUUUUCUCAUCAAUGAAACACAAAGAGUUAUCACAGAAACUGCGUGACUAUAUCACAAAAAAGGAUGAAACAGAACCGAAAAUAGUCCAAGCCACUCAAUUGCAACAAGAGGAACCAAAACGUAACGAGAAUAGCGGAGAGCAGAGUACAGACGCCAAAUCAAGAAGUGAACUGGAUGAGACAGAACUUAAAACAGCAUUGGAAAUUGACACCAUAUCAAGUCGAGAAGGGACAUGUUCAGGAGAACUCGACAUUGAGACAGGAAUAAGUUUGUCUUCAUCUAUUUUAAAUUCAGAAACGCAUGUCACGCCUGCUGAUAUCGAAGCAGGGCUGACUGAACCAGUUGAAAGUGCACACGUGCAGGAGACUGAUAACGGACCACAAACACCGGUUGGAACCAGUGAAUUGACGACUGGUAUGGUGGCAAAAAUAGAGGCGGAACUGGACGCCACAGUAGAACGUUCUAGACUGCGAAUGGAGACAGACCUAACUAUUUCGGAAAAAGACGAGAAAGACGCAGACGAAGCAACAGAGAAAGAAGCCUUUCCAUUAUUAGAGAUGAGGGAGUACCAGCUAGAAUUAGCGGAACUGGCGAUCGAAGACCAAAACACAAUACUCUGUGCAGAAACAGGGACAGGAAAAACUUAUGUGGCUCUGUAUGUAACUCAAGAACACCUCUCCAAGAAAAACGACGCAUGUGUUGUUUUCCUGGCUCGAACCAAUGCCCUUGUGGAGCAGCAGUAUGAAAUAUUCACAAAGUUUCUUUACAAUUAUAAGGUUUAUUAUCUAAAAACGGAUAAGACUGCAGCCAUGGGACGGAAGUUGACUGCUGCGAAGGAUGAGCAUCAAGUUUUCUUCAUGACUCCACAGAUCCUACUGAACAACAUGAACAGCAAGCAGAUCUCCCUUCCGGAUAUAUCUCUACUGAUCUUAGACGAGUGCCAUCACACACGGAAGCGAGAACCUUACAACAACGUCAUGAAGCAGUACCUGACCUUAAAGCGACAGGGAAAAGAUAACUUACCGCAGGUGUUGGGACUAACUGCUACUAUUGGAGUCGGUAAAUCUAGUACAUUAGAUGGAGCCGUUUCACAUAUACUGAGUGUAUGUGCAAGUCUGGACGUAUUUGAAAUAUCAAUGGUCAGGAAGAACAGAGAGGAACUAGAAAGCCAUGUGUCCAUCCCAAAGCGAGAAACGUUAAAACUUAUGGAGAAGGAGAAAGAUGAGCCAAAGCAAAUCAUUUUGAAUAAAAUGGAGUUGAUUGAAUUGUAUGUGAGCAAAACAGAAGCCACUAAUCAGCCCAAACUUAAGGCACAUUGGAACAAGAAGCCGAAGAAAAGAGAUGGCAAAGCCUAUCAGAAAUGGACGACCCAUUUCCGUAAUAGGGUGAUCUGUAAGCUGAAGACUGACCCCAAACUUCUCCGAAAACUGCACGCAGCCAUGACACACCUGUCUGGUUACAAUGAGGCACUUGGUGUCAACUAUUUGAUGAACAGCACACACGUUGCUGAAGACCUGAAACGUAAAUUCUUCGAUGAUCAGCAGCAACGUCAUCAAUUAGUAGCACAGAAGCAGACGACACAUCAUGAUGAUGAUGAUGAUGAUGAUGAUGAUGCAGAAACACGUUUGAUGCGUUAUGACGAAGAGAUAUGUCAGCAGCUAGAAACUUUGAGUGAAAAAAUCAACCCGCAUCUGAAAACCUUACGAAACUACCUAGUGGACCUUCAAUCUGACCUUGGUGAGGGUAUGAGGGGAAUGAUUUUUGUAGAGACCAGAGCAACAGCUUUUGCGUUGGCAAAGUACAUUUCGGAAGAGCUAGUGUUGUUGAGAUACAAAGCUGCAGCUUUUACCGGAAGUAAAUCCAGCGAUAGCAGCGAGGGUAUGCAAGAAGAAGAAAAAGCAGAAACCUUAAAGAGAUACAGAAAAGGGGAGAUCAAUGUGUUAGUAGCUACAUCUGUUGGAAGUGAAGGAAUAGAUGUUCCUGACUGCAACUUUAUCAUUACUUACAACUACACAGGAAAUGAAGCGGACAUUAUGCAAAUGAGUGGACGUGCACGAAAAAAGGGUUCCAUGGUAACUCACAUAUCUGAUCAGACCAUUCAGCGGCGAGAGGAAUCUAGUCUUCAGAAAGCACUCAUGAUGGCGCGUGCUUUUGACUGCCUUGAUGACAUGAAGACAGAACAUCGACACAAAAAGAUCAGUGAACAACAGAACCGACUAAAGGAUGCAGACAUCGGAUCCUUCUUCCUAGAGAACUCUAUUGUUAAAACAAACACCUCCUUUGCCAUAAUUUGCUGGAAAUGUCAGGCAUUUGCAGUGAUGGGCCGUGACGUCAGAAUCUUUACAGGACAACACAGAGUUGUUCUGGAUCUCGCCUUUCAAGAUCGAUGUGAUUUCGAAGAAACAGACGAGGCAUCGCGAUUCAAAAAGAGAAUUAUUCAUUGUAAGGGAUGCAAGACAAAAUGGGGCACAACCUUCAGUGUGGACGACAUUGAAGUUCCGGUCUUGAAAGUGAAGGCCCUUCUCUUUGUUCCUGGGUAUACUGGUGGAGAUUUGGCGGAAUGGAAGGAAAGAAAACGAUUCAAGAAGUGGGGAAAAGUGGAAUUCGAUAUCAAGAAGGUGAACAAAGCUCAGUUGAUUGAGAUUUUUAACCAGCUGAAGCAGGACACACUUCCAUCUGAAGGAGAAGUUUAAGAAAAUGACGAUUUUGGAUGUUUCCUUGUUGAGAGCAGUAGACUGAAACACAGAAAAUACUUAUUGAUUGAGUAACCUCGACUGAAUGUUAUUUUCUUGUUGACAGCAUGUUUUUCAUUAUUAGAAUACAGUUGUAUAUUGUGGCCAACAGCUUGAUAGUACAAAUAAAUCAUAACAGUUUA